AUGAACUCAACAAUCGAAACCUUUUUUUCGUCCCUUGUUUCGAAAGAAAACGACACGUUCUGGUUUUGGUUUUAUAAUAUUUUGGGCUCCGUCUACUUUCUCGGACACUUGUUUUACGUGUACGUUUUUAAUGCAAUUCGGGAUGCCGAUACAAAGGAUCCCCUCUUCGCAAUAAUGAAUCACAUUUUCAAAGCCAUAAGAAUAGCCAGCGUCCUACUACUGCUCAUAUUCAUAACUUUAAUUCAUGUGAUUAUCUCUUUCAUCUGUGGUAUCUCCAUCUACAUCAUAGCUCAAGUAUACCACAUUUUCAUAUUCCUUCUAUCGGUUCAAUCCUUCAUGGUUUGGUUUUUCCCGAAACUCGGUCCAAAAAUGCGGAAAAUUCAUAGAAGUAUCACAAAGAAAGCAAUACACUUUUACUGGAUACUCUUUCUUUUACAAGCUCUCUACACUUUUAUCGAACCUUUUUAUCAACUAAUUUCAUAUUCACUAAACCCUCCAGCACUCGUGGUCUACACUUUAUAUAUUCCAACCAAGAUGAGUUUCCUGAAGUUGAGGUGUUUUUCUAUUACUUGUGGUGACCCAUGCAUUAUACAAACUUGCUACUUAGUGUGCAACAGACACAAAUUGGCAGCUCUGAUAGUUUCAUUCAAGUUCAAACAAUUCAUCAAAAUUAUCAUAUGCAGUCAACAUUCAUAUGUGCAUCCGCAGACAAGUUCGAUUUCCGUGCAACAAAGAUUUUGA